AUGCAAGUUUUGUCAUACUUUAACUGUUCAGAUCGAAAAAUGGGUUACUAUGCAGAUGUAGAAACGAAUUGUCGUGCAUAUCAUACUUGCUAUAAUCAUGGCAAUAAUUUUAUUCGUUACUGUCCAGAAAAUACAGCUUUUCGUCAAGAUGCAACGAUUUGUGAUCAUGCUUAUCGUAUAAACUGUCGGAUGAACGUUGAGAACAUAUUAAAAACGUUGAGAUCUUACAGUUUCUUGGUUGUUGCCACGUGGUGUCAAUAUGCACUACUUGUAAUGGUAGGAAAUCGUAAAUCUCCGGAUCUUCUUGAUGGAGUGUGCUUGAUGUGCCACGUGGCGAUAACGUCUUGUGGUAUGGAAGGAUGUGAAAUGCCUUCAGUAGCGGCUCUGCUGAGACCUGUGAAUAUUUUUAAACCAUCGAUUUCAAACUCUAAUUCAUCUAUAAAUACAAGAUCCAAUUUCAGAUUUGAUAAAGAUAAUUAUACUUAUACAUCAACACAGAAGUUUAUUAAAAAUAAUAGAACUCACAAUACUUGGAAUGUGCUUAAAAAUUCAUUAAAUAAGUCCACAGAUGCAAGUGUAAGAGGAUUAUCCAAAAUGACAACUGUUUAUUUUGUAUCCAAUAAUAUAGAUAAUGAUCCAUAUUAUCCCAAAUCUUCAAUCACAACUGAAAUUUACCAUUCAUCUAAUUAUCAAAUAAAAAAAUUAAAGAAUCCAUAUUUUAUAAUGAUCAAAGUACCUCUGACAAGGGACGAUAAUUUCAAAAUUCCAUCUAUAUUAACAAAUUUCGAUUGUUUAAAAGAUCUAUUAGAUCGUAGAAAGUUGUUUUUCAUACAAAGAAUAGUAUCUGUAUAA